GACCUGGAGCUCAGUGGAGGAGUCACUUAGGCGGCUAGGAUCUAAUUGUGCCUCUGAAGCCCCUCUCUGUUGCACAAGGCUUGUGCCAGACCCCUCACCCCCCCCCCCCCCUCCUCCCGUCCUCAUCAGAUAUGCUCAUACGUGUAAAAAUUCAUAUUAGAACAAUCGGUAAAUACCACGUUUUUUUUUUUGUCACGCCUUACGUCAUCCGAAAACAUGGACCAUUCCUGGUUUCUAUUACAGAUACAUCAAAGGCAUGCAGGUCGUCUGGACAUGAAUUAUCUCCAUUGAAUAAAAACCGUAACAUACAAGCUACAAAUCCGGCAGAAGAAAUCCAAGAAUAUUUCUCAUAUUUCUGCCGCAAAAUUCACCAUGUGAACAUGGCCUUAUUUAUGAGAAACACUUGAUUAUUCUGAUAAUGGAGGAAUUUAUGGAUCCACCCCAACCUCCGGCAGUCACCCCAUAAGCUCUGAGAAAAUCCCAUCUCCUGGGGGAAAAGAAGGGAAGGGGGGUCAAGGGUCAACGCUGACAGAGAAGGAGGGGGCGUGUGGAAAGAUUUAUCCAAGAACUAGAGAGAGAGAAAAGAAAAAGGAAAAAAAAAAGUUCUGUUUUCUUCUAGACGUCAGCAAAAGGCGUUUUUUGGUCACUUGGCUGAAAGUGCAUGUGAGUGAGAGUUGGUCCCUGCCCUAGAGGGGGAGAGAAGACAGGGAGAGUUAAGGGGAGAAGAGAAGGAAGGAAGCAAGAUAGGAGACAGCACAAGAAAGUCAGAGAGUGGGGGAAGUGAGAGAAGGAGACACCAGAGAUAAACACAAGAAUUGGAGAGAAGAGAAUAAGAUCCAGGAGAAGACAAUAGUUCAAAAGUUUGGGAAGAAGUUUUUAUUUCAAAAGUUUUCAUUUUUUUUAAUAGGAUCAGGAAAGAAGGAAAAGGGAGGUGAAGGGCAAGUAGGGCGCAGGGCAAGGGGCAUGGACAGGGAUCUUGGCCUGGAUAAGUCAGGACCCCCCAACACAAUGCGGAUUUUGGAAACUCCAGAACUUCCUCACAGCAGGAAGAACUUUAGUGUCAGCCACCUCUUGGACCUGGAGGAAGCGGCGGCCGCAGGGAUGCAGGGCUCCCGAGAUCUGCGGCCACCCAACGAGGAAGAGGACAAGGACCCGAUGACAGGGGGCAGCAGUGAUAGCGAAGUGACAGUACAGGAAGGUGAAAGCGCUAUCUCGGGAUGUGCAAAGAGCGCUCGGAUAAAAAAGAAGCAGAGAAGGAACAGGACAACUUUCAAUAGCAGCCAACUGCAGGCUCUGGAGAGAGUGUUUGAGAGGACUCACUACCCUGAUGCUUUUGUACGAGAGGACCUGGCGAGACGGGUUAACCUGAGCGAAGCCAGAGUACAGGUUUGGUUUCAGAAUAGGCGAGCCAAAUUUCGUAGGAAUGAGAGGGCUAUGCUGGCUAGCCGAUCUUCUUCGCUCCUGAAAUCAUACAGUCAAGACCCCAUUGUGGAGCAGCAGAUCAGCCCCCGACCAACCAGUCUGGCUCCAGAAUUCCUAUCUUGGAACUCAAACAGCUACAGCGCCAGUUUGCCACCUUAUAACCCAAACACCACCUCUGCUCCUACAACACUGCCUACCCAAGGAGUCAAUAUGGCCGACAGCAUCGCCAGCCUACGUCUUAAAGCCAAGGAGUUCAGUCUGCACCACAGCCAGGUGUCCACUGUCAACUGAACCCUGGUUAGAUAAACAGAAAACUAUAACUAAGCCAGCCACGAGGCACAGGGUGUGCUGGACACGCCACACACGAGCCCAUGGCCACCAACAAAAAUGAUGUGGCUCCUGUUACUGCAAGAAGAUGCUGUGCUCCAUGUGACAAUCUGACCGAAGUCCAGAGAAUGGUCGCCCACCAGCAAUUGUGUCAUGUAUUUCAUGACAGGAUUCAUUCAAGCCGGGCCAUGUCUAAGGUCCGGACAUUGACCACAUGGACGGGACUCUUGAGACAUUGAUUUUUUUUGUGACUGUAGAUAUUUUAUACUUUAGACUUUUAUAUCAGUAAUCAGAAUGUUUACCCAUCUUGUUUUUCCCUUCCUCACUGCUUCUGUUAUCUGCUUUCCUUGUGUUUCGGUGUCAUCGGUACGCACUGUAUAUAUGUAGAUACAUACCGUGCUUUGUAAAUAUAUCCUUUUAUACAAUAUUCUGUGACCUUGGGGAAGACAUUGUACACGCCAUGGAUAGGAAAGAUGGCUGAAUCUUUUAUUUCCCCCAUGUUUUAUAUCUAAUGAUGUCUUGUAUCACUGUCUAUUGAUUACUGAGAAAAUUACAGGAAUCUUCAGCUCACCUGGAAUACAGUGUGGAACAGCAAAGUAGAGGAGUCCAGCGCUGUUAGUGCUAGUAAAAUCUUCAUUAUUUUGUUCCAUCCAAAUACGUAUGAUGCAUCACAGAAGAAGCAAAUGUGUGAUGUGUUUCAAGUGCAUAAGGCAUAUAUCUGUGACUAAGGGAGCCAUGUGCACCUGAAACACGUCACACAUAUGCUUCUCCUGUGAUGUAUCAUGCCUAAUUGAAUGGAAUAAAAUAUUAAAGAUUUUACUCGCUCUUGCAGCGCUGAACUUCUCUAUUUCAACUGUCCAUUGAUAUAUUCAAACAUUGAGCUCCUAAGGGUAUACACUGCAUAGUGGUUGUCCAUUUGGCUACUAAAAGGCCUAAGGUAUAGGUAGGCCAAUCUGAAUUUUACCCUUUCAAUCUCCCAAUAGGCAAUGUGUUUGCUGUGCCCCUUUUAUAUUUAUAGAGCUGAUAAAUAGUUACCAACAGUCCUGGGACAAUUCCAGCGUCCGAACUACAAAGGGAAGGGAUUUGCUGUUUCAGGGGUAGUUCAUGAAGGGACCAGGGCCAAGCUUUAAAGGGGGUUAUCCAGGAAAAAAAACUUUUUUUUAUAUAUUUC